AUGCUGAAGCCGAGCGUCACUUCGGCUCCCACGGCAGACAUGGCGACAUUGACAGUGGUCCAGCCGCUCACUCUGGACAGAGAUGUUGCCAGAGCAAUUGAAUUAUUGGAAAAACUACAGGAAUCUGGAGAAGUACCAGUGCACAAGCUACAAUCCCUCAAAAAAGUGCUUCAGAGUGAGUUUUGUACUGCUAUUCGAGAGGUGUAUCAAUAUAUGCAUGAAACGAUAACUGUUAAUGGCUGUCCUGAAUUCCGUGCCAGGGCCACAGCAAAGGCAACAGUUGCAGCUUUUGCAGCUAGUGAAGGCCACUCCCACCCUCGGGUAGUCGAACUGCCAAAGACUGAUGAAGGCCUUGGUUUUAACGUGAUGGGAGGAAAGGAGCAAAAUUCCCCCAUUUAUAUCUCUCGCAUCAUUCCUGGAGGGGUGGCUGAAAGACACGGAGGCCUCAAAAGGGGAGACCAGCUGCUAUCAGUGAACGGAGUGAGCGUGGAAGGGGAGCACCAUGAGAAAGCUGUGGAACUGCUCAAGGCUGCCAAAGACAGCGUCAAGCUGGUGGUCCGAUACACCCCAAAAGUCCUGGAAGAAAUGGAGGCGCGCUUCGAAAAGCUCCGGACCGCCCGGCGCCGACAGCAGCAACAGCAGCAGCGGCAGCAACAAACACAGCAGAACCACAUGUCCUAG